UUUGUUUUGAUGUUUUUGCAUCAAAUACAGCAUCACUUCUGUUUGCAUUUUUAAUCGGUCUCGCUGGAGAUUAAAUUUAGUCAGUCCACUGUUAAUCAAACCAAUUUAAAAACAGUCCCAGCUGUUAGUUUAACCUAGCCCGUGUUAAAACUGUACAAACAGCGUUUAAAAAAUGCCGGAAUUGCCUGAAACCUUCGUACCCGGCUUCCACGACGAAAAUGCAGUCAGAAAAAUGAAAUACAAUAAAUUCGGUAACACCGGAAUGAGUGUGUCACAGCUGUCUCUUGGGGCCGGAGGAUUUUGCCUGAAUUAUGGCCAGUUUUCGCUGGAACAGUGCAAAGCGACGGUCCACGAGGCCCUCAAGAGCGGCAUCAACUACAUCGACACGGCCCCGUGGUACGGCCAUGGCGUAUCCGAGGAAGUUCUAGGCAAGUGCCUCGAGGGAAUCCCGCGGAAAGCUUAUUACAUAGCUACGAAAGUAGCUCGCUAUGAAAAAGACCCCAAAUUAAUGUUUGAUUUCUCUGCGAAGAAAACGAGAGAAAGCAUCGAUGCGAGUCUGAAAAAACUGAAGCUUGAUUACGUCGACGUCUUACAAGUGCAUGAUAUCGAGUUUGCACCUUCGUUGGAUAUUGUCCUUAAUGAAACGCUUCCAGCGGUUCAGGAGGCGCAACAACGGGGAAAGGCGAGAUUUAUAGGAGUGACCGGGUAUCCGGUUUCGGUCCUCGCCGAAUGCAUCAAAAGGAGCACAGUUAAAAUUGACUCGGUUUUGUGUUACACAAGACUGUCAUUACUCAACCAAACGGUCAAGGAGUAUCUCCCUAUUUUCAAAUCGAAAAAUUUGGGAAUUGUUAACGCAGCUCCGCACUGUAUGGGCCUGUUGAGCAGUGCAGGGCCCCCGGAGUGGCACCCAGUGACCCAAGAAAUCAGAGAUGUGUGCACUGCAGCACGAGAGUAUUGCAAUAAAAAUGGUGUUGAAAUUGGAAAACUCGCUCUGUAUUAUGCCCUAAAUGAGGAUGGCCCCCAUACUAUCCUCGUCGGUAUGAAUAACACUGAUUUGUUUAAAUGCAACCUGGAUGUGCUCCAUAACGGACUGAGUGAUAAAGAAAAGGACGUGUACAAUCACGUGAAAAAUAACGUGUUUGCAAAACUGAAAAAGACUGAUUGGGAAGGUGUUGAAGUGGCUCGGUAUUGGGACACGGUCAAGGCUUGAUUCAGUAUUUUAUUUUUCAAAUAAACCGUUUUAAUUGCUUUCA